UCGACAGGUUCAAAAACGCAUCCUUUAUAUUGCAGCUCUGACAGUUCGGGUUGCUCUGAGACAACACGGUUUGGCUCACGCACUGAUAUGAGUCCUUUGUCCGCCAAUCCCUUCCAUCUGCGCGGCCGACAUGGUAUCACCCAUGCCUAAUUUGAAUCCUUUGUCGUUAACUCGCUCUGCCUUCUUUUCAUGGGGCGGAGUGCUGUGAAGGUCAACAUGGUCGACGGCUACCCUUUCCACUACUAUAUGCGAUAGAAAUAAGUGGAAUUUCCACGGUGUCCUACUCACCAUUUUCAGUGAUCCACAUUGGUUGGAUAUUCACCACUAAACUUGGUCCCAGCAGUCAAAUUUGAAUUUCAUUUUUAACAAGAACUUCUAAAUCCUGCAGACAGCCAUCAAGAACUUCCUGAAUACUCCCCAUGUCACUUCAUCGUUACUUCCCCCCGCCUCCUCUAGCUCUUGCUAUUCACCCAGCUCCCACAUCUAGACCAAAAGUGACUAAUAAAGAUAAGCAUGAUAAAGCAAAGGUCAACUUGCAAGCAAAAGCUGAGAAAGGAAAACAAGAUCAGAAGGGGCAAGGUGGUAAGGCAGAUAAGUGCACGCCUACAAAAUGCGACGCAAUUGUCAAAAUUAAGGAUGGAGCUGUACUGACACCUAUUUCUCCUGGUUCCAACUUACCGGAACCCCCUACAUCUGCGCUUGGUGCAGUAGUAUCAGACAAUGAUAAGGAGGCCGAUGCCAAGAAAUCGCAACCUGAACAGAAGGACAACGAUCAAAUUGACAGCACCUCUAAGCUUACUGACCAAGUCCCCGAGGCUUUGGCAGAGAAAAAAGACGACGGUUCUGAGCACAUACACAAAGAGACCGACCUUGAGCCUGAGCCUCUCAUCCUUCUAUCUCCUGCCCCUUACCGACCCUUGAGAACAAGGUUAGAUUUACACCCUUCAGUGGUUUACCCACCAGUGAAUACUGACCCGCGAGGUGCAUAUCAUAAAUACGCAAAGGCCGUGGGUGCCGAGGUUAUUUAUGUGGAUGUGACAAAGGAUGGCUGGUUGACUCAACAGUGGAAAGAGAGGAAUGAGAGAGAAGCAUUGAAGAGACUCAUGGGUGAGUGGGAAAAGGAAGUUCAAAAAGAAAUCGAAAAAGAACGCAAGAGAGUUAUAAAGAAAACUGUGCCAAAGACCAGCGAAGGUAUACUUCUCAACCUUUGGAAUGAAUUAGUAGAGGCCAAUAACCAUGAACUUUCGGCUAACGAAUUCUGGAACAUGUAUGACUGGAACGAUUCUGAAGCAAGGAAGCACCUUCGUUCUGAUGUCAAAAGGCCCGAGAUAUUCUCCCAACAAGAUAACAAAACUGAUUCCCCUGCAAGGACGACAGCUCAAAAACCAGAAAUCGAAUGGACCAAAGAAGGUGUAGAGGACAUCUUAUCUACUGUUGGUAUUCAAUGCGUCUACAACAUUGAGCGACCCCCUUCUCGUCACUGGUCAGAACCUGCAGCUGCUUUCCUCCUCUUUACGCAUGGUUUUUUUCUCCUCCGACUUGACAUUGCAAUUACCUGGAAACCAGAAGAUCGAAUCAAACAGGGAUUCCAAGUGCUCAUUACUAAUUCUAAUGACCGUGUGUUUGGAGAAAUGGUGAAAGCUCAGCAAGCAGAGGAUAGAAAAAGAAAAGAAAAGGAAUAUAGGGAGAGGAAAGAGAAGGAAAGGAAGGAGCGAAAGGAAAAGGAAGAAAAAGAGAAGCAACAUGGGAAGACAGGCAUUGAUGAAGCUCCAGUAAUGACUGCAAGCGAUGCCAAUGCGCUGGACGGCGAACCCCCUGUAAUUACCGCCAAACCACCUUUAGGCAAGGCUAUCACCACCAUCCCAGUCAUCACCCCUUCCGAUGAUGCCGACUCUAAAAACCAAAAUCAACAGGGUGAUCAACAAGCUGUGAAAAAAGAUGUAAAGCAAGAAAUCGAAGCAGAACAUGCGCCUGGUCCCAAAGCCGCUGACCGUACUGCCAAUCCGGCUGGGGUUGAAAAGAACAAAAAACUAAACGAGGCCGAUGCAAAAGCAUUAGCAAGGGCUAUCAAACCCAAUGGUGCUGUUGGCCUGGAUGGUAUCAAUAUGACUAUGAAAGCUCUUGAGCUUGCCGUUGACGACAAUAAUUUGACUACCAAAUCGAACGAUACCAAACCUUUGGCCAAAGACAAACCGCUUGUUAAGAAAGAUCCGGUUCCUCUGUUCUGGACUUGGACUGAGAAAUGCGAAAAGUGGCGAUGGAGGAAUUAUGAUGCUGGAGUGCAUCUCGUAGGUCCUGGAGGCUGGGAGGAAAGAGACUGGCAGGUGUUUGCAGAUGGCAGGCAGAUUGAAUAUUGGGAUGCCGAGCAGGAAAAGAUUGAAAAGGAGGAGAUUGAUAUCCACGAUUGGUCGUUGUAGGUAUGCUACUUGAAUCUGUGCACAAUGGGG